AUGCCAGACCUGGAAUUGCUAUCGUCCCUAGCAAAUCAAGGAGUGAUCGGAAUUAGACGAUUCACCAGAAAAGAGGGCGACCGCGUGGUAAAUACUCCAGCAAUGCUUUUAACGUUCAAAGGUGCUGCCUCUCCCAGCCACGUCGAUUUCGGCUACUUAAGAGUCAACACGAGACCGUAUUAUCCAUCACCAAUGCUUUGCUAUCGUUGUUGGACGUUUGGACACACACGUGUUAGAUGUCAGGUAACUGCGGCAAUUUGCGGAAACUGUGGUGGCAAUCACACGUUGGACGAAAACCUACCAUGUCCAAAUUCUUCUUUCUGCCAACGUUGCAACAGUAAGGAACACAGUAUUAGCAGCAGAAAUUGUCCCAGCUUUCUGAAGGAAAAGGAGAUUCAACGCCUGAGGGUUGACCAUGGGUUAGGUUAUCCAGCGGCCCGUCGACUGUACGACUCUCAGAACGGUGCCAUAAGCUACGCCAGUGUGGUCAAUACAAGCAACGUAAAUGCCCUUGGUGAACUGACUACAAAAAUUGAGGAGUUGACAAAGAAACUAAAUGAAAAGGACAAAAGAAUAAAAGCUCUAGAAGAAAAGAAGAGCGACAGACUAGAAAAAGUUGCUGGUAAUGGAACAAUAGAGGAUUUGAUUAAACAGGUCAGUGACCUAAAGGAGUUAGCGGCGAGAAGGGAAAGAGAAAAUAAUACGCUGAAAGGAGUACUCAAUUCUCUGCGCAACCCACAGUCGACCAAACAACCAGAACAACAGGAAACAUACACGACACCGGUACGAGCUGCAAACUACGAAACUAGAUCCAAAAGCAAAAAGAACGGUAAAGGAGCAAAUCGUGCUGCAAACCAGGCAAGUCCAAGUAGAAGCCAAUCUACACCUAAACGUAACUUAAUCGAUGGAAAAGGAGUCAAAAACAAGGUUCAAAGGUUCGCGACCGUUGACUUUGACUUUUUGAAUUCGAUCAUCAGCGACGGCUCUUUCGAAUCCAGCGAUGGUGCUUCAAGUGGAAUCGCAGACAAAGAAAUGGAUGUGGACGUGGUAAAUCUUUCAUAA